CUCGGUUUCUCACGCUGCGAUGGUCGGUACGCCACUUCUCCCUCCUUCGCCAUCACUCCACCAAAGGGGCCGGCGGUACGCCACCACUCCACCGCCGCCGGCCAGCCAUCUCCUCUCCAUCUUCCCACCGUCAUUUUCUACCCGCGAUUCCAGCCAACGCCAUCAUUUCCUCCAGUGGCUCUUCGUGAUUGUCUGCCCCGACGUGCCGACACCAGCAUCCAGGCCACGACGGAGUUUCUCUACUUCAGAUCCAAACCGCAACCCUCUUCUCUUCGGGCUAGAAGAUAAGGGGUCCUUCAUAGUCAACAUCCGGCCACAACAUCUCCAAGAUCUGGCCGCCCUAAGCAAGCAGCGGUCCUCUUUCGGAGAGCUCUUCACUUUAUGCUCAGCACCGGCUUCCCACAGACAUCUCCGGCCUUCAUCAGAUUCUGAACAGCAAGCUUCUUCUUCAAUGGUCGAUAUGUUGAUUUGCAUGGAGGAGAUCACCAAGGAGUUUGAGGAGAGGAAGAUUGAACUCGAAGCUAAGGCUCUAGAGAUCUAUCAGGCCUCAGACGCUGAUAUCAAGGUCUGCAUUACUUGUCAAAGUUAAAUUUGAUCGAAAUUCCAUAAAGAACAAGGUAUGUUGCUGAAAAAUUUGUACAUAACAAUGUGAUUUCUUAAUCAAGAAACUACUUUUCAUUAAAUAAAAGGCGGCUGACAUUCCAUGUUGAAUCAUUAAAUUGGUUUAGUGGUUCCUCUCCUAUCAAGGCUAGGCAACUGCAGUGCAAGAUUGUUUCAACAAACUUGGUUGGUUCAUUAAUCCGUAUGAAGUAAUUCAUCUCAUGGAGUUCGAGACAAGGGAGGGCAAAGGGAAGAAAUCAUAGACAUGCAUGCUACUAGCAAGAGGAUAUGAAGACAUUAUUGAAAGUAACAAAGUAUUGAACUUCUUAUCACAUAAAAUGGGAAGAAAAGUUUAUCAAGUAAGGUAGGCAAAGCAAAGAAAAGGAGAAGGUUUAUAAAAUAAUUCAAAAGGUGAAAUAUUCAAAUCAUUUAUAUCUAGGAGGAUCUGAUCCCUGUGAUCAUGAGCGUCGUGAUAGAAUGUAAAGAUUAGAUUACUUAAGGUGAGAUUUAAAAAUUUAUACAUUUGCUUAGACGAUGUAAAUAUUUAUUUAUCCCAAUGUUAAUUUUAUGAUACUUUUAGAUUAGAAA